GAUUGGUUGAACUUGGGUGCUCGCGGAGCCGAAUGAGAAGCGCUAGGCUCCCAGCAGUGAUCUGGGUGUGGGUUCGGGCUUGAGAAGGUAUUGUGUUUGGGGUUUGCUCGCCCUCCCUUUUUUUGAAGACCGGAGGCCGGCCGCCAGGUGUGGGCGAUUUGAAACCUGAGUUCCUGUUUUCCGUUCUGCCUGCGGGAACCUUUGGGGAAGCGUGGAAGGAAAGGAAGGGCGUGCGCUUGGUGACCGGCCCCGUCCUCUGCUUGGUCGCGGAGUCCCACCCUGCCGUGCUGUGUGGAAUGGUUUUCGGCUCUUCUGGCCGCAGUUUGGUUUGUUAGAAGUGGAAACUGAUGCAUUGAGGGUGGAAAAAAGGUCUUUCCCCUAUCCGCUCUCCAAGGACGCUAAAGAACUUGCAGAUUUGUCUAGUUUCUAGACACGUGUACUGGAAUGUUCAGCGGAAAAUGGCUUAAAUGUUGGAGAAGAGAGCAGGAACUCCUAGCAUUUUAAGGGAUUUGUGUAUAUUUCCUAAACUGAGUUUUGACCACCAUCCAACACCAGCAACUUGGGAUUCGUAAGCGUCUCUCGCCAUCCUGCUGCGGUUCCAACAUGUUCUCCUGUUGGUUAAGUCGGCUGUGCGGGGGUUUAUCCACACCCACCGGAAGGGUCACCCACCUGAUCCAGGGCUCUCUCUCCAGAAGGCUGAUGCUCAGUUCACAGAGGAGAAUUCCAGAAUUGAAUAGCUUUGUUGCUCGGACCAACACGUGCGGAGAAUUGCGUUCUUCUCACUUAGGCCAGGAAGUCACCUUGUGUGGAUGGAUUCAGUACCGAAGGCAGAACAUCUUCCUGGUGCUAAGAGAUUUCCAUGGGCUUGUUCAAGUUGUCAUUCCCCAGGAUGAGUCCGCUGCUUCUGUGAAGAAGAUUUUAUGUGAAGCCCCAAUGGAGUCUGUGGUGCAAGUAUCCGGGACGGUAAUUUCCCGACCUCCAGGACAAGAGAAUCCAAAAAUGCCAACAGGUGAGAUUGAAAUCAAAGUUAAAUCAGCUCAACUUCUGAAUACCUGCAAGAAGCUGCCCUUCGAAAUUAAGGACUUCGUGAAGAAAACAGAGGCUCUUCGUUUGCAGUAUCGCUACUUAGACUUGCGCAGUUUCCAAAUGCAGUACAACCUGCGACUGAGGUCCCGGAUGGUCAUGAAAAUGCGGGAAUAUCUCUGUAAUCUACAUGGGUUUGUGGAUAUAGAAACACCAACAUUGUUUAAGAGGACUCCAGGGGGUGCAAAAGAGUUUGUAAUACCAUCCAGGGAACCUGGAAAGUUUUAUUGUCUCCCUCAGAGUCCUCAACAGUUUAAGCAGCUUCUGAUGGUUGGUGGUUUAGACAGAUAUUUUCAGGUUGCCCGAUGUUAUCGAGAUGAAGGUUCGAGACCAGACCGACAGCCCGAGUUUACUCAGAUUGACAUAGAGAUGUCUUUUGUAGACCAGAUUGGAAUCCAGAGUCUAAUUGAGGGCUUGCUCCAGUAUUCCUGGCCCAGUGAUAAAGAUCCUGUGGUGGUUCCUUUUCCUUCUAUGACUUUUGCUGAGGCAUUGGCCAGCUAUGGAACUGAUAAACCCGACACUCGCUUUGGGAUGAAGAUUGUAGAUAUUAGUGAUGUGUUCAGAAACACAAAGGUUGGAUUUCUUCAAGAUGCACUUAGUAAACCCCAAGGAACGGUCAAGGCCAUAUGUAUCUCUGAAGGAGCAAAAUACUUAAAAAGGAAGGACAUUGAGUCUCUUAGAAAAUUGGCAGCUGACCAUUUUAAUCAGGAAGUCUUACCUGUAUUCCCAAAAGCCAAUAGAAACUGGAAUUCUCCAGUUGCUAAGUCCAUAAUGGAGGAGCAAAGAUCAGAACUAAUCAGACUGAUGGAGAUCCAAGAGGACGGUGUGGUCCUGCUCACGGCCGGAGAGCACAGGAAAGCAUGCUCUGUUUUGGGAAAACUACGACUGGAAUGUGCUGACCUUCUAGAAGCAAGAGGAUUGGUGCUCCGUGACCCAGCUCUGUUCUCUUUCCUUUGGGUUGUGGAUUUCCCACUCUUCCUCCCCAAGGAGGAAAAUCCUGGCGAGCUGGAGUCAGCCCACCACCCAUUUACUGCUCCCCACCCCAGCGACAUCCACCUCUUACACACUGAACCCAAACAGGUCCGUAGCCAACACUAUGACUUGGUUUUAAAUGGCAAUGAGAUAGGAGGUGGUUCUAUCCGAAUACAUGACGCAGAGCUCCAGCGUUACAUUCUGGCAACACUGCUAAAGGAAGAUGUGAAAUUGCUCUCCCACCUACUCCAGGCUUUAGAUUUUGGGGCGCCCCCUCAUGGAGGAAUUGCCUUAGGUUUGGACAGACUGAUAUGCCUUGUCACUGGAGCACCAAGCAUCAGAGAUGUCAUAGCCUUCCCCAAAUCCUUCCGGGGGCAUGACCUCAUGAGCAAUGCCCCAGAUUCUCUCCCUCCUGAGGAACUGAAGCCCUAUCAUAUCCAGGUCUCCUGGCCAGCAGACUCAGAAGCAGAAAAGAGCUCAUUGAAUCAGCCGUAUCAUCCAGAAAGCUGAGCUUUUCAGCUUUGUCCUCUUUGCUUCCCCAAGGCUGAAAUCAGAUGUGGAGUUCUGCCACAGGUCUGAUAAGUGGGUCUUUAGGUGGAAGGAACCCAGACAACAUUCUUUACCACAGUAAAGAAACAGAAGGUAUCCAAUUUUUACUUGAUAACAUGCAUUAUUAGGAUUUUUUUGUUUGGGACUACUUUUGUAGUUUCUGACUUGGUGAGGUGUAAAGAUGGCCCUUUCUUGGAGAAUUGAACAGCUUAGUGUUUCUUAAUCAUGUUUUUCAUACCUGGAUAGUUAGUUGUCCACUGAAGACAAAGAUAAUCAGACCACGUGAAACGUGGGGAAAUGCUUGCCCCUUUAGUCCCUUGAUGGAGGGGUCAGUUCAACCAGCCUUAUCAAGAGAAUCCUGUAAAUUAAGCUAGAUAGUGACAUGUUGACUCUCAGCAUAAUAUAGUGAGAAGCAGCAUGAUA